AUGCAGCUUAAGCUACUCAAGAUAGAGUCUAGAGCAAAUGCAGAUGGACUAAUGCUUACACCAAGUGAUAAAGAUGCUGGCCAAGGAUUUGUCUCGGUCUUCGAGGACAAUGAAGUAUUUAAUGAUGAGAGUUGGGAAUCUGUCUAUCUAGCUAAUGUGCUAAUCGACUCUGGAUAUGAUGAUGCUAACCCCGACACUUUUGUGUCAACAUGGAACUCUCUCGAUUGCCCUCUGGACCCUUGUUUAUUUGACAACGUCGAGGAGAAGUAUUCCAAUGAGAUAACGUCAUCGAGGUCUGAAAGGAAGCUCCUAUUUAACCACAUAAAUUUCGGGCUCUUUGAAAUGUUCCAUCAGUUCGUGGACCCACUCCCGUGGAUGAAGCAGCCAACAAAGAAGGUGGGCCUUACAAGGCAGAAACAUGGGAUCGGUUACGAGCUGCAUAAGUUGUUGGCAAGUGAAGAGAAGAGCAUGCAUGAGAACGUGACAGAGAGGGUGUUGGAUAGGGAGAUGCAGUGGCUCGAUUCUGGGGAUGCUGAUGUGCUAAUCGACUCUGAUAUUGAGAUGCUGACCCAGACACUUUCGUGUCAAACAUGGUACUCUCUCGAUUGCCCUCUGGACCCUGUUAUUUGGACAACAUCAUUCGUGACCCACUCCCGGUGCGGUGGAAGCCAGCCAGUGGGUGAAGCAGCCAACAGGGAAGGUGGGCCUUACAAGGCAGAAACAUGGGAUCGGUUACGAGCUGCAUAA